GUUCGUAUUUUCCCAUGUUGCCUAUGUAGCGCAGUAGCGUGUAUAGGUUGCGUUGAAUUUAAAAAUAAACGGAGUAAGAUAAAACGCAUAGUGUUUGAUUGAUGGUUUUUGUAAGAUGAUGUUAUACUAUGAAUGGCAUCGAAUUAUUUAUUAGUGAAAGGUCUGAGUAUUUUUGACGGAGUGGCAACAUUGUACAACGCAAUCGCCAAACAAAUAUUAGUAAAGUUGUAUGUAACCAACUCCAGUAAGCAUGGUGGAUAAAGUGUAUACGACGUUGUUUAGUGGAUUUGUUGUGCAAUAAUAUCGUCUUUGGUUUUUAAUUGUUCGGAUAGUGGAGUUUGAAUUGGUUUCGGGUGGCGCUGUCAGUGCUCUGUGCAUUAUGUUUCGGUAAAUAAUGGACCUGAAGAUGGUGCGAUUUUUCAAGGUGUAACCUCGAGCGAGCACCGGCAGUUGGUUUUUGGACAUCCAGGCCGAAGUGAAUAACAUGUUUACAUUGAUCGAGCUCUGCGUCAUAAGUUUACAGAAAUUCUGUACGACGCGACUUGGCGAACCUUGCACGGGCCCCAGCAGACCCAUGUCUAUGUAUUGCCACUGAUGGCCGCGACCGGCACUGCCACAACGGCCCAACAGCGCCGCUCCUUCAGCUGGCUCGGCCCAGGGCCGGUGCUCCACGCGGCCGCUUUAUUCAUCCUCUUCGGCAGCGCAGUCUUCGUUGGCGCGAACCAACUGCAACCCAGUUCUGACCUCGCACACCAAAACGGAGGUGAAAUUUGUGAAAGCGUGGAUAUUAGAAAUACCCUGGAUUCGUUCAACAGGUUAAAAGGUUGCCACGUGGUAGAAGGCUUUGUGCAGAUUUUACUUUUUGAUAAUGUGAACGAGACUGAGUUAUCCCUUUUAAGUUUUCCAAACCUAACCGAAAUAACCGAUUAUUUAUUACUGUACAGAGUGAACGGAUUGCGAAGUAUAGGACAGUUAUUCCCGAAUUUGAGCGUCAUUCGAGGACGUUCAACGUUUUACACUUAUUCAUUCGUCGUAUUCGAAAUGUCUAGUUUACAAGAAAUUGGUCUGUAUUCAUUGACUGACAUUACUCGCGGGCUGAUAAGGAUCGAUAAAAAUCCUUCAUUGUGCUUCGUGAACUCGAUCGAUUGGGAAGCGAUAGCCCAUGAGAAAGGAGAACAUUUUAUAAAAAACUUAAAAUCACCAAAUGAAUGCCCGAUUUGUCCCGGCGAUGAAAAGGAGGACGAAUCGAGCAAUAGCGUGGCACAUAAUAUACAUUGCCAUAAAGCACCUCACCGCUCCGACAGCGAAAAUUUCGAUAGAGAUGUUCAUCUCUGUUGGAAUCGACAACACUGUCAGAAGAUUUGCCCUCCGAAAUGCAAACAUGCCUGUAACGCUAACUUGGAAUGUUGCGACGAGAGCUGCUUAGGUGGAUGUAGUAUAAAUGAUACCAAACUUUGCACUGUUUGUAAAAAUCUCAGCAUGAAAUUUGGGGCAAAUAAACAAUGUAUGUCAAGUUGUCCCCGCGAUUAUUAUCAGUAUUUAGAAAGGCGCUGUAUCUUGAAGGAUGAAUGUAAAAAUAUGAAGAGACCUUUGAAUUUUCAACAACAAGGUGGAUCCGAAAAACCUUUCAAAAUUUUCAACAAUUCCUGUAUUUUAGAAUGUCCACCUAAUUAUAUGAGUAAUGAUACUCAUUGUAUACCGUGUCAAGGGAAUUGUAUAAAAAAGUGUGCAGGAGUGAAUGUUGAUAGUAUAAAUUUAGCAAGACAGUUGAAAGGUUGCACCCACAUUACAAGUUCUCUAGAAAUACAAAUUCGGGGCGGCCGAAAUGUUGUUAAUGAAUUGGAGGAAAGUCUGGGCAUGAUUGAAGAAAUCGACGGUUAUUUGAAAGUAGUCAGAUCAUUUCCUUUGGUUUCAUUAAAUUUUUUGAAAAAUUUGAAAGUGAUACACGGUAGACAGUUAGAAAGCCAAAAAUAUGUUUUCGUUGUACUUGAUAAUCAAAAUCUCCAAGAACUGUGGAAUUGGGAAAAUAAUAAAACGCUUAAAAUAGACACCGGACGUUUAUUCUUUCACUUCAAUCCAAAACUUUGCAUCAGAGAAAUUGAAAAGUUGCAGAAUAUUACCCACAUUGUCGAUGUUACUGAAUUAGAAGUAGCGAAAAAUUCGAACGGCGACAAAAUUGCAUGUGAUCUCCAAGUUUUAAAAGUAGAUAAACCCAAAGUAGUGAAUAGUAAGGGCGUCGUUUUGGAAUGGGAGCCGUUUAAAAUUGACGAUCCACGAAAACUUCUAGGCUACAUAGUCUAUUCAAUAGAAGCACCAACCCAGAAUGUUACGUUAUAUGAUGGUCGAGAUGCUUGUGGAGGAGAUGGAUGGCGUGUUGAUGAUGUUGCAAUUCCUGAAAACGAAAUGAAUGUAACACAUCCACUUACAUCGUUAAAACCCUACACACAAUACGCAUUUUAUGUAAAAACUUACACGAUAGCUACUGAAAGAAGAGGUGCACAAAGUAACAUUUCGUAUUUUACUACGUUGCCUGAUACUCCAACGGCGCCUGUUGGCUUAGAGGUAGUUAGUAAUUCGAGUAACUCUCUAAAGUUAUCGUGGAGACCACCUAAAUCUCCCAAUGGCAAACUUACUCACUACAUUGUUAGUUUGAAAAGACACAACAGUACUAGUCCAGAUCUUGAUGAAAUGGAGCAUUAUUGCAAAUCACCGUCAAGUCGCCCAAAACACCUCGUCCCUGUUAGUGUUCCUCCACUUACUUCAACGACAACAAAUAAUGACACUUGCCAGUGUUCAGAAACUAAACAAUCAACAUCAUCAAUCAAUGAAGAUGUUGAGAAAUCACGAAUUGAUUUUGAAGAUGAAUUACAUAACGCGGUUUAUGUGAGAAAGCCGAAUUUUUCAGAAUCUCGCAAAAGACGUGACACUGAUACUGAACAUUCAAAUACGAAUCGAAUUUUGAAUGAAACUGAACCAGGAACAGGUGUGUAUAUUUCGUUCAGUACUGAAGUCACGGGGACAGAAUUUUACAUGCCAAACUUGCGCCACUAUACAGUUUAUGAGAUAAACGUUCAAGCUUGUAGAGAAAAAACCAAUGACAAACUUGACACUGCUCCCUUCUGUAGCAGUAGAAAUAUGAAAACACAUCGGACACUAAAGAAGAAAGGUGCCGAUGAUAUAAAACAAAUUGAAAUUAAAAACCAAAGUUUAGGAAUGGUGUCACUUACGUGGAAAGAACCGGAUGCUCCAAAUGGGUUGAUCUAUUGUUACAUAAUAGAAUAUAAAAAUUUAGAUAAAGAAAAUUCCAAGGCUAAUGAAGAAUAUAUUACACACGCGCGUUUUAUCAAUCAGAGUAGGAUCCAUACACUGAAAGCAUUAUCGCCUGGAAAUUACAGUGUUCGAGUUUCUGCAACAACGUCAGGCGAUUAUGGGAAAUUUUCUAAGGAGGCGUAUUUUUAUAUUGAAGAACGGCCAUCUAACACUUAUGUGACCUUGAUUGUUUGUAUGCUCAUUCUGGUGAUAAGUUUGGCAUUGUGUGCAUUUUGUUUUUACAAGAAAAAGAAAGCCGACAAGGAAAGUAUGCGACUUAUUCCUUCGGUCAAUCCCGAAUAUGUUCCAAGUGUGUAUGUUCCGGACGAAUGGGAGGUGCCUCGUAAAAAAAUAGAACUGAUUAGGGAGUUAGGACAAGGAAGUUUUGGUAUGGUAUACGAGGGUAUCGCCCAAGACGUUCGCGGAAAGGCACAAAUUAAGUGUGCUGUGAAGACUGUUAAUGAGCACGCCACCAAUAGGGAGCGUUUGGAGUUUUUGAACGAAGCCUCUGUUAUGAAGGCUUUUGAUACGGCUCACGUUGUAAGAUUGUUGGGAGUCGUGUCGCAAGGACAACCUACACUUGUGAUCAUGGAGCUGAUGGCGAAUGGUGACUUGAAGACCUACCUGCGUUCCCACCGUCCAGAUGCUGAAGUGUAUGAUCCUGCAACAGCGAAGCAACCCCCAACUUUGAAGCAAAUUUUGCAAAUGGCGAUAGAAAUAGCCGACGGAAUGGCUUACUUGUCGGCCAAGAAGUUCGUUCAUCGCGACUUGGCAGCUAGAAAUUGUAUGGUAGCAGAAGACUUGACUGUAAAAAUAGGUGAUUUUGGUAUGACACGUGAUAUUUAUGAAACGGACUAUUAUCGCAAAGGCACUAAGGGGCUGCUUCCGGUGCGAUGGAUGGCCCCGGAGAGUCUCAAAGACGGUGUAUUUACUAGUAAUAGUGAUGUUUGGAGUUACGGAGUUGUGUUGUGGGAGAUGGCGACACUGGCAUCGCAGCCUUAUCAAGGGUUGUCGAAUGACCAAGUUUUGCGAUAUGUGAUCGACGGGGGUGUGAUGGAACGGCCGGAGAACUGUCCCGAUAAACUUUACACUUUGAUGAGAUACUGUUGGCAACACAAACCAUCAGCACGACCUUCAUUUUUAAAGUUAUGCUCAUUGUUGUUAGAGGAUGCCAGCACUAGUUUUGCUCAGGUGUCGUUUUAUCAUAGUGCAGCUGGAAUAGAAGCUCGGUCGUCGCGUCCAACACCAUCGCCGUCGCAAGAUGAUCCGAGUACCCCGCUCCGGAUGGCUGGAGACCACGAUGUCAAUUUUUCCCUCAAUUCGGACGACUCAAACGACGAGUUCGAAACAGACGCUGAGACUCACAUUAGGUUUCCCAGUAUUCCCGUAGAGAACAAGGAUGGAAUCACCACCGCUAACGGUUACGUGAGUGGAUGUCCCACAAAUGGUGCAGCAACAACUCAGUGCUAGCUACAUAUCACAUCUCAGUUGAAAGUAUUUCCUAUAAAGAUCUGACUAUUGCAGCAAGAGACAUAAAUAAGUAACAUGACUGUUUUUGUAAAGUAGUUAUAAGUUUAAAUUACCAAAGAUAUUUUCUUCAGUUGCUGAAAGGCCUACAUUUUACAGAAAAAAAAACAGUGUUCAUUAGCAAGUCAUUAACUAAGUGAGGCGUAUUCAGUGAGCCUGAAACCAUAAAGACUAGUCUAUUGAUUUUCCAUUCUAUGGGAUACUCUAAGAUUCUUGUCUACUCAAUAUUUCAUAUAUGUAAAAGAAAUGAAACUAAUUGCCUUAUUAGUUAAAGUAAUUAUAUAAUGUGUAGCAUCCCAUAAAGACAUUCUUUGGACAAUUGCCAAUCAAUACAUUGCAGCCUGACUCUGAGUUCCUGUUAUCUUAUUGAUGAUUGGUAGUCACAACUACUUUAUUGUACCUACCUAUUUAUAUUUUAGUUAAAUUUUGUACUCUGUAAUAUAAUGUACAUUAUUUCUUUAUUAUUUUAUAUAAAAGAAAAUAAACUUAUAAUCUGAA